UAUAUACUUACUAAUUUUCACUUGGUAUGCUAAUAUAAAAGUUUAUCUGAUUAUUGAAUCUCCAUAACAACACUAACAACAAUAGUAGUUACCUAGAUCCCCACUCCUCUGAAGAUGAUAUCAUCGUUCGCGUACCGCCUCCAGUUUUGUUAUACUGAUACCAUUCAAGCGUCUCCCCAGACCAACAACCGACAAAACAGAUACAUACCAUUCUCCGCGAAGUAGACAACGACAACGACAUUCAAAAUAUUCGCCGCUGAACAAGUUUCCGAUAACAAAAAGUGAAGUGCUAAAAUGUCAACGAUCGCCGUCGUGGUGGACAAGACCAAGGAUGUGCAGUAUAAAGACUACGUCAACUUUUUGGGAAGCUACAAAAAUAGAAAAAACUCAACCAGAGACGAAAGUGACAACAACAGCGUUGGAUAUUCGUUAAAUUCUUCUACAAAUUCUUCAUCCACUGACAUUAACGAGUUGCCAAUAAAAUCUUUCAACGAGUAUUUGCAGGAUUACACUAACAAAAAAUUCCAACCUGUGCAGACUGCUUUCAAGGGUAAGGACAACAACACAACAAAGAAAAAUGUUAAAACCGAACUUUUUAUUCAAAUCAAUAAUUCAGAAGAAACAAAUGAGCAUCCUCACUUUAACGAUAUUAUGAAGAAUUUUGAAAGAUCGUGCGUACACAAUGGAAAAGCGAAAAAUCAAAAGUUUCAACAAAUACAAAAGAAAUUUAAUGUAAAUCCAGAAAAUGAAGUCAAAUUACAUAAAAAUGCUGUAAGACUGAAUUCUUUUGAAUCAAAAAAUAACGAACAAACACAUUUUAUAAAAUUAACCGAACCAAAAGACACAGAAAUUCAUCCAAAAAAAGAUGAUACUAUUUCAAUAUCAAAAGGAAACAGUAAUUUUUCUUCAAAUCCUGUUUCGCACGAAAAUGAAAAUAUCAGAUCACAAACACCUCCAAAGGCAAUAAUAAAUGCGUUAAAUGAUAACGAAAAAUAUCAGUCGAAACAAAAAGUAUUUACAGUUGAAUCUUCCCAGCCAAAAAAUGAGAUUAUUUUACAGCAAAAACCAGUGAUAUCGCCAAAAAUUCUAAUUAAUACUGCUAAUCUAUCGGUGAAUAAAGUUUCAACAAUUUCUGCUAUAAAAAAAGAAGAAAUUCAUAACGCAGUCCCGACCAAACAAGAAAAUUCCGUUGAAAUUCAAAUAAAUGACUGUUCUCCGUCAAUGGUACCACCGCCUCCUCCCCCUCCUCCAUUAGAAAAUUUAACCAAAAACAUUCGUACUUUUUCUCCUGUGAUAAAAUCUCCAGCAGCCAUAAAAGUGCAGUCGAGUACCUUACCAAGGAUGAUGAAUAAUAAUAAAAAAUCAGUUCAGAAGGACACAGUUGAUGCUGCUACGCUGGACAGAAACGAUCCUAGAGUGAAAAAAGCUGUUUAUGGAGCAUUAAGGAAUAUGUAUGGAGCCUAUCAUGAAAAAGCUAAUGAUUAUUUGGCUACUUUGCCUAAAAAUAGGGUGAAAAAAGGAAAUGGGUUAGAUAGCAUCAUAGAUAGCAUUGCGGCUCAAGGUGGACUAGAAAAACUAUGCGGUAGAGCAAAAGUUGAAGCAGACUGAACAAUUUAGAAUAGUUUUUAUCAUGUGCAUAAUAUGCUUAAAUUUUCUGUGAAAAUAGCUUUAAUUUUUAACGUACAUAUAUCUAUUUUUGUAUGUUUAUGUGAACGUUUUUUAUGUAAAUAAAUUUUAGUUUUAAUUUUAUUUUAUUGUUGCUACAAUGUAUUUUAUAUAUGAAUAAAUGAAUAAAUUUAAACAAGCAAUUUCUCUAAUAAUGUAAUAAAAGAACAAAUUUUAUAUUUUUAUGAAAUAGAAUAACCAAAACUAAAAAAUCAACAUAAACCUAAUCAGUUGUAAAAUCAUGAUUAUAUAAGUCAAAGAUGUAAAAACUAUUGACCACAAAAAUAAACCAAUAUCUAAACUAAACAAAAAUUAAGCAAGCUAUAAAAUAUAAUUG